AUGUAUCGGCAGGUGUUGGUCGAUUCAAAUCAAACAGCAUUGCAACGCAUUCUCUGGCGAGAAUCGCCGGACGUACCUAUUAAAACCUUUGAGUUACUCACUGUUACAUAUGGUCUAGCCUCAGCAGCAUACUUGGCCAUCAGAACUCUUAGGAAGUUAGCAGAAGAUAAUGAAAAUCAUCAUCCAAAAGCUUCACAGAUAGCAUUACGGGAUUUUUACGUAGAUGAUCUCGUUACAGGAGCUGACUCACCAGAGGAAGCCCUGCUCAUUAAGAAAGAGAUCACUUUGCUACUUCAAAAGGGAGGAUUCGAAAUCAGGAAGUGGGCAUCAAAUAUUCAAGCCCUUCAGGAUCAGAAUUUUUCCGUCAACCCAAAAGAAUUUGGUUUAUCUCCUGAUAAAACCACUGAGAAAAGAACACUAGGCAUCACAUGGGAUUGCCACACCGAUGAAUUUAAAUGUUCAUCCAUUAAUCACUUACCUCAUCUUGACGUUCCUACCAAGCGACGCGUAUUGUCGCGAAUAGCUCUCAUUUAUGAUCCAUUGGGUCUGGUGGGUCCGGUCACGUUACUUGCCAAGAUCAUCAUGCAAGAACUCUGGCGAUUAAAGCUUGAAUGGGACGAAGCAAUUCCUCUAGACUUAUAUACCAAGUGGAAGCGUUUUGAAGCCGAGUUGCAUGAAUUAGAUAAGCUACGCAUACCUCGGCUUGUCACUGCUACAGAACAACAUAGUCGGCUAGAGCUGCACGGGUUUGCCGAUGCCAGCGAAAAUGCUUAUGGGGCAUGCAUCUAUUUGUGCUCCACUUCAAUUAACGAUGAGCGCUGCACCCGCUUACUCUGCUCUAAAUCCAGAGUGGCGCCAUUAAAAAGUUUAUCACUUCCUCGCCUCGAGUUAUGUGGAGCAGUACUACUAGCCCAACUCAUCAACAAGGUAUCAAAAUGCCAUACCUGUCAAAUUUCCUCCAUUUAUCUAUGGACGGAUUCUACAAUUGUGCUGUCGUGGCUACAAUCAUGCAGUUGUUCGUGGUCAACCUUCGUAGCACACUGGGUUGGUGAAAUACAAGAAUUAACAUCAAUUCAUCAGUGGAAUCACAUACGAAGCGAAGACAAUCCAGCUGAUGUAUUGUCGCUGGGAGUCAUGCCGGGAUCACUAUCCCAAAUGAAGAUAUGGUGGUCAGGGCCUUCCUGGUUGGAACUUGACAAGGAAAGCUGGCCUCAAGGAGCUCCUCCAGGAAAUGAAACUGACCUUCCCGAACGAAAGGCUAAAACCAUCACAGUAGCGGCAGCUGUCACGUCAGAACCUGACAUAUUCUAUCUAUAUUCCAAUUUCACUAAACUCAUUCGAGUAGUGACAUGUUUCGCUUCACAGAAGGAGCACGCAGGUCGAAGAUUGCACCCGACCAAUGCCAAGAGGUCGCAUAUCCACAAAAUAAACCUAUUAAAGUUAUAA